GCUGGUUCCGGUCCCAACACUCUGCUUUUCACUGAACACGAGGGACCGUGAGCUCCACUGCGUGCACGCUUGGCCAUGGGACAAAGACGAGGAGCAGCCACAAUGCAGGUCUGCCUCCUCCUGUGCCUGACGCUCCUCAGCCCGCUGGGCGCCAGCCUGCGCGGCCACCGCUCCCGAGAGGCAAAGAAGAGAGUCAAGGAGCCGCCCGUGCUCAGCACGCGGGCCCCCGCCAGCAGGGACUUUGCCUUCGACCUCUACAGGGCCUUGGCUACAGCUGCCCCCGACCAGAACAUCUUCUUCUCCCCUCUGAGCAUCUCCACCACGCUGGCCAUGCUGUCCCUGGGGGCGCGAUCGCACACAAAGGUGCAGAUCCUAGAAGGCCUGGGCCUCGGCCCCCAGGAGGGUUCGGAGGAGGAGCUCCAUGUCACCUUUCACCAGCUGCUGCGGGAGUUCGCCCAGCCCAGGAAGGACAUCCAGCUGAGCCUUGGCAACGCCCUGUUCGUCAGCCCCACAUUUCACCUCCAGGACACCUUCCUGAAUGCCGUGAAGACGCUGUACCUGGCAGACGCCUUCCCCACAAACUUCAUGGACCCCAUGGGGGCCCAGAAGCAGAUCAAUGAUUACGUGGCAAAGCAAACGGAAGGCAAGAUUGUGGACUUGGCUGAGGACCUAGAUAGCACGGAGGUCAUGGUUAUGGUGAAUUACAUUUUCUUUAAAGCUAAGUGGGAGACAAGCUUUGACCACAAAAGCACCCGAAAGCAGGAUUUCCAUGUGACUUCAGAGACGGUGGUGCGGGUGCCCAUGAUGAAACGGGAAGACCAUUAUUAUUACUUCCUGGACCGAAACCUCUCCUGCAAGGUGGUGGGCGUCCCCUACCAAGGGAAUGCCACCGCUUUCUUCAUUCUCCCCAGUGAGGGCAGGAUGGGACGGCUGGAGAACGGACUGAAUGGAGAAACACUGAGGAAGUGGCUCAAGAUGUUCACAAAGAGGCAGCUUGAGCUCUACCUUCCCAAGUUCUCCAUCGAGGGCUCUUACCGGCUGAAGGAGGUCCUCCCCACGCUGGGCAUCAAUGAUGUCUUCACCUCCCAUGCUGACUUGACUGGCAUCACCAACCACUCCAGCAUCCAGGUGUCUGAGAUGGUGCACAAGGCCGUGGUGGAGGUGGACGAGUCGGGGACCAAAGCAGCUGCGGCCACAGAGGCCAUCUUCAUGUUUAAGUCGGCCCCAAUGAGCUCUCAAAGGGUCAUGUUCAACAGGCCUUUUAUGAUGCUUAUUGUGGAGAAUUCCACCAACAUCCUCUUCCUUGGCAAAGUGACCCACCCCUGAGGUCGGGGUUUCUCCUGAAAGGCCACAGGCCUCUGUAGUGGAAGUUGAAGGUGCACUGUGGCAUCUCUCUGCUGGGAGCUGGUGAUUUACACAGGUUUUGUGGACUAAUGAGGCUUUCACAAGUAAUAAUAGUCACAGUAUUGAUAUACUAAUGAUUGUUUCUUCUCACACAACUGCAUGACGUGGACACCCUGAAGCACCUUCAAGAGCAUUUGGUUUUGCCCUCACCCUUCAUCAGUGGAGUCUAACACUGAGGCCCAGAGAGGUUGGUUGACUUGCCCAAGGUCACACGGCAUGUUAGUGGUAGACAGAAGCCCAGAAUCCAGGCCCCUGACGCCCAGUCCGGUGCCUAGAGCUCUGUAGGAGGAUUGUUCUGGUAGACAUUUCUACCAAGAAAUGUAUUUCCAAGCCGAGUCCUCCUCUUGCCAGCAAUACCAGCCAUCAGUUCAUCAUGGUGUGGAAAGAACACUGAAAUGGGAGUCUGGAAUGGGGCUUCUGUCCCAGCUAACCAGCUGUGGGACAUUGGGGUAAUGCUGUCCCUCUCUGGACCUCCAUUUCCCCCUCGCAUACAAUGAAGGAUCAGGUGAAGGGUGGAAGGCUCCUCGACAUUAUAUAAGGAAGCUGAGGUGUUCCCUGCCAGUCACAGUAGAUUUUAACACAUUCCAGUGCUACUUGUCCUUGAAGAAAAGCAAGUGGACAGCAGGGUGGAAAUGGCCCAUCACGGCAUCGAACCAUCCUGUGGCUUCAGUUACAACCUCCCGGCGUUGGCUGGGGACAGGAGCACAGAGACCUGUGGCGAAUACUACAGUAUCUUUUGAAGACAUUGAUGACUAACUGUGACUUUUAGUGUCGACAGUAACAAUAAAACACUCUGCAAACAC